AUGGUGAGCUACAGAAGCCUGUUGGCUGCCGCAAUCGCGGUCACAACUUCAUCAGCAUCUUUUGUUCCUGACAACCUUUCUGCGGAUGAUCCAGUGAGCUCUAUCAGCAUUGACGGUAUUGACUUUGUAUACGAGGGAUUAGUUGGUUAUGGUGCUCUUUCAGGCAGCACUGUUGACAAGUUUGGAGACACCAUUUCGAUUGGAUCCUCGCUUAAGAUUCAGAAGAACACAAUCACCACCUCGAAGGAUUCAGACGGAAACUUGGUGUAUUCCUUCACUGUAUACGGAUUACCAGACAGAGGCUGGAAUACCAAUGGAACUCUCAAUUUUGCCAACCGCCUCUACAAGUUGGGAGUAACAUUUACUCCAGCCUCCUCAUCCUCGGAUCAGAACAUUGUGUGGAAUUAUGAGGACUCUAUUCUUCUUCGUGAUCCGAGCGGAACUGUGAUGUCUGGACUAGACUGUAACUCUACAAUUGAUUUCGAUGGGUUCCCUGACCUGCCAGCCGUGAGAUAUAGCGGCGACGGUUUUGGUGGUGCUGGAGGCGGUGGGUAUACCGUCUGUCUUGAUUCCGAGGCUGUAGAGCUUAUUGGUGGUGAUAUCGAAAAUGGCUUCUGGAUCAGCGAUGAGUACGGACCUUAUUCCUACAGGUUUGGCGGGGACGGUAUCCUUCAAGCAGCUUUCCAGCCACCAAGUGCGUUCUUGCCGAGAAGGAAGAGCGCAAUCUCCUUCUCUGCAGAUUCUGCCCCAAUAUAUGAUCCAUCGCUGGACUCUGGUGAUACUGACUCUGGAAGAGUGGAUAAUCAGGGUUUUGAGGGCAUGACCAUCUCACCAGACGCCAAGUACGGUUAUCUGCUGAUACAGUCUGCCUUGACUCAAGAUGGUGGUGACUCGAAAACCUCCAACAAUAACGCUAGAAUGAUUAAGUACGAUCUCUCGACUCUCGAAGCUGUUGCAGAGUACGUUUUGGAACUGCCAACCUUCACUGAUCCAACGAAGAAGGCCAGUGCUAACCCGCGCACAGCAGCCCAAUCUGAGAUUUUAUACCUGGCUGACGACAAGUUUUUGGUUUUAGCCCGUGACUCUGGUCAUGGAAGAGCCCAGGAUGACACAACUUCAAUCUACCGCAAGAUUUGUGUCUACGGACUAUCGAAUGCUUCUGACAUCCUCGGACUUUAUGACGGAGCCACGGACUCAAUUGCUCCAUCUGGCAAUCUUAUUGACUCAAUUACUCCAGCUGUAUGCCAUCCUCUAGUUGACAUUAACGAUGCUAACGAGUUAACUAAAUUUGGUCUACACAACGGAGGUGAUGACAACGAGUUUUUGUUGAAUGAGAAAUGGGAGUCUAUGGACGUUUUCCCAGUAGAAGGAACCACUGACGAAUUUUAUCUGCUGAUUGCUUCUGAUGAUGACUUCAUCACGCAGAACGGUUUCAUGAAUUUUGGAAGGUUCCCUUACGCUGACUCUACUGGUGCUAAUCUUGACAGUCAAUCGUUGAUCUUUAAAGUGAAACUUCCAACUUUGGAACACAACAUCACCAACACGACCUCGACCACUUCGGCUUCCACCUCUAUUUAUCCUAUGUCUACGUUCAGCAGUAUCUACUCUGCUGGCUAUGGAAAUCAUACUUUAACCACAUUGAGCUCAGACAGUCAAUCCGAAUCCACUUCUUUGCUGGUUACGACCGUUACCACCGUCGUCCCAUGCUCCACAAACCCUGCUGGAGCAGUCUCUUACACCGAGUCCACCGAGGUUUUGACUAUUACCUGCACCACUAACAAGUGUGUCUUGCCUGAGUCUAGCUCGAGCUCGAGCUCAAUCUCUGGAUCCAGCUACACAUCUCCAGCAACUGUGAGCGAAAUCCAAACCAACGGCGGUGCUAUCGAGAAAACAUCUCUUUUUGCGGUUUUGUCGUUUGUGCUGUUUUUGUUUAUUUAG